GUUUACAAUCGGUCGUCAGCAAUAAAAAGUUGUAAGAAAAGGGUAAAUUAAGGAAAAUCAAGUGAUAAAGAGAGAAAUUAUGAGGAACAACCAGUCGCCAACACCAAGCGAAAGUGGCUCAAUAUUAUCCGCAUACUCUUAUCGAUCAGGAAGGAAUUUACCGAGACCUGUGACAUCAAAUAUGUGCACUUCAGCAACAUCAAAAACACAGAAAUAUCUGCGUCGAUUAAUUAAAUUUAAACAAAUGGAUUUUGAGUUUGCAUUAUGGCAAAUGCUGUAUUUAUUCGUUGCUCCUCAAAAAGUUUUUAGAAAUUUUGGAUACAGAAAAGAGACAAAGGCGCAAUUUGCAAGAGAUGAUCCAGCAUUCUUAGUUCUUCUUCUUGCUAGUUUAUGCUUCACAUCUUUCGGAUUUACAUUUAUAUUUCAUUUAGGAAUUUUCCAAACGCUAUACUUCAUCCUGUACGUUGUCUUUGUGGAUUUUCUGCUAGCAUCGCUCAUUUCAGCAUCAAUCUUGUGGAUGUUUUCAAAUAAGUUCAUGCGAGAUGGAUCUUCGGAAAACGUUGAAUGGGGAUACUCUUUCGACGUCCACAUUAAUGCUCAAUUCCCUCCUUUAAUUAUCCUACACUUUGUUAUGCUUAUUUUUUACAAAGUGCUUUUUAGUCAAGAGUGGUUUAUUGCCAGGGUUUUGGGCAAUACUUUAUGGUUAUUAGCGAUAGGAUACUAUUCGUACAUUUCGUUUCUUGGAUAUAAUAGUAUUCCAUAUCUUAAGAAGUCGAGGACGAGACUCAUAUUAGUGGUAGUUCCAAUAUUUUUCCUUUUCUACUUAAUAACAAUCAUUAUAGGAUGGAAUUUAAAUAUUACAUUAAUGAAUUUUUAUCACUAUCGUGUGCUGUAAACGAAAGCAAAACUAUUUUGCAUAUAUUUAAAGUUAUGUUAAACUAUGAUUAAUAUUUCAGACGUAA